CGCAGUUUUCGGAUGCAACGGAAGUUGAGUGAAGCAGAGAGCCUCCAAUGUUGCUUGGUGGUGGCUCUCGAAUUUCACAUCAUCUCCGAGAAUGCGACCUCCGUUUCCACUUGAGCUGCAGAUUUCGUUACUACAGUUCCCAAAUUGUACAGCUUUCCUUCCCAUCGCCUCUGAAUUCUUCUCUGCCAUGUCUUGAAAAGCAAAUCAGACUGUCUUCAUCUUCGUCGUCAUCGUCAUCAUCUUGUAUUCCAGCAUUCCAUCCGAGUCUUUUGAUUGUUUCAGGAAGAAAUACUCUUGGACUCCAAUUAUGUAUGAUAGAGUUACAAAUUCCAAUUAUUCACCUGCUAUCUAUCUUCAGUGGAGACUGUUCUUGUAUCCCAGUAGUUCAGAGCCCUCACAUUGUUUGUGUGAAUUUGAAAGAGGUGAUUUAUCGUAAGCUUUUACACAUUUACCAAAGAGAGGAUGAUCAAGAAGUUAUCUCCGAUGGAUUAUCACCAAUAGCAGGAGGAGUUGUAGCAUUGGGAAAGUUUGAUGCAUUGCACAUUGGUCAUCGAGAGCUUGCCAUUCAAGCAUCAAGGGCUGGGCCUCCAUUUCUUUUAUCAUUUGCUGGAAUGGCUGAAGUACUUGGCUGGGAACAAAGGGCUCCUGUAGUUGCCAAGUGCGACCGGAAGCGAGUGCUGUCUUCUUGGGCUCCUUAUUGUUGUAACAUGGUCCCAAAAGAGUACCAGGUUGAGUUUUCAAGGGUGAGACAUCUCAGUCCUCGUCAAUUUGUUGAGAAGCUAUCAAAAGAGCUCAGAGUUCGUGGAGUUGUUGCUGGCGAGAACUACCGAUUUGGGUAUAAAGCUGCUGGGGAUGCAUCAGAAUUGGUAAAGCUGUGUCAGGAAUAUGGUAUGGAAGCUUACGUAAUAAAGUCUGUUAUGGACAAGAAUCAAAACUCUGCAACUUUUAGUACCAACAACCCAAAAGAGAAAGGACAAGUGUCGUCUACUCGUGUCCGGCAGGCUCUUGCUGUAGGUGAUAUGAGAUAUGUCACAGAGCUUCUAGGUCGACAACACCGUGUCGUAUUGAUGGCCACUGAUCCAGAAGGAUUUAGCGUUGGUAAUUUCAAGUUUUCUGCUCCUAAAUCCUGCUUGAUGAAUCUUGCACCAAAGGAAGGUUUAUAUGAGAAUUGUUAUCUUUUCCUUGAUCAAGACAGUGUAGUGCAGUGUAGAAUAGUUGUUGACACCGAGUUUGUGCAUGUAGAAAUAGCUGACUUAGGUUUGAGUGACAAUGUCAGGACUCAACAUUUUCAGUUGCUGCAAAUUGAAUUUGCUGGUUCCAGUUCUUGAUUCUGUUGAAAAUUUAGCAUUUUAUGCUCAAUUUGACUUAGCUAUGGUAUAGUUGUAUCAUAUUCCCAAAAUUAUUGGGAUUCAACUGCUUUAUAUGUCAUGAAGCUGAUCAAAGUAGCUAUGGUUUAAGGUUCA